AGCAGCUAAUGAAGCUCUUUGAAAAGUCAAAAUGCAGCAGGUACUAGUACAGUGAACCAGACCUCUGCUGCAGGUAUCCUCACAGAUAAAAUCUGGGCAGCACAAAAGCCCUUUUGGGUGAAGAUUUGGGGAAAACAGACAUUAGUCUCUUACCAUGGGGGAUUGGAAUUUAUUAGGUGGCGUCCUAGAGGAAGUUCACUCCCACUCAACUAUUGUGGGGAAAAUCUGGCUGACCAUUCUCUUCAUUUUCCGAAUGCUGGUACUUGGUGUGGCUGCUGAAGAUGUCUGGGAUGAUGAACAGUCAGCAUUUGCCUGCAACACCCAGCAGCCAGGUUGCAACAAUAUCUGUUAUGAUGAUGCUUUCCCUAUCUCUUUGAUCAGGUUCUGGGUUUUACAGAUCAUCUUUGUGUCUUCUCCUUCUCUGGUAUAUAUGGGCCAUGCACUUUAUAGACUCAGGGCCUUCGAGAAGGAGAGGCAGAAGAAAAAGUCACACUUACGAGUCCAGAUGGAGAAUCCAGAGCUUGAACUGGAGGAGCAACAAAGGAUAGAUAGAGAGCUGAAGAGGUUAGAGGAGCAGAAGAGAAUCCAUAAAGUCCCUCUGAAAGGAUGUCUGCUGCGUACUUAUGUCUUACACAUCUUGACAAGAUCUGUGAUGGAAGUAGGGUUCAUGAUAGGCCAAUAUAUUCUCUAUGGGUUUCAAAUGCAUCCCCUUUACAAAUGCAGUCAACCUCCUUGCCCUAAUGCAGUGGAUUGCUUUGUAUCCAGGCCCACAGAGAAGACAAUUUUCAUGCUCUUUAUGCACAGCAUUGCAGCUAUCUCUUUAUUCCUCAAUAUACUAGAAAUAGUUCAUCUGGGAAUCAGGAAAAUCAUGAGGGCACUUUAUGAGAAAUCCAGCAAUGAGGGCAUUGAGGAUGAAAGCGGCACCCCAUUCCAUUUGAAAAAAUAUUCAGUGGUCCAGGAGUGUACGAUUUGCUCUCCCUUGCCUAAAAGAAUCUCUCUACUUCAAGCCAACAAUCAACAGCAAGUCAUUCGAGUCAAUGUGCCAAAGUCUAAAACCACGUGGCAAAGCUCACAGCCCAUGCAACUUGAAGUAGACCCUUGCUGUGUUAAAAAAGAGUGGGCUGAGAAGGAUCAGCACUGUGGACAGCUCCACGUCCAAGGCCCAAGGCCCAGUACUCAAAUUCAGCACCCCGGACAGCACCACACCUUUGCCCUAAAAAAGGCAAAGUCCCAGUCCUGGAUAGCUACAGAGAUAGCUCCUAGACACUGUCCAACCUAUGCAAUAGAAACCUGGGAGCAGUCCCAGGAUCGACGACACUCAGCAGAGCCUCUCACAGAUUUGCACAGUUACUGUAGAGCCAGCGAUGGCAGUGUGAGGAGGAGCAGGGUCUGGGCAGACAGAUCUCACCCGGGCAGUCGCAAGGCCAGCUUUUUGUCCAGAUUGCUGUCUGAAAAGGGACAGUUGCACAGUGACUCAGGAAGCUCCAGUUCUCGGAACAGCUCUUGCUUGGACCUUCUGCACCGGGAAAAUAGCCCCUCGCCUCUGCCUUCAGCCACUGGGUACAGAACAUCAAUGAACAUGCUUCUAGAACUUUCAUCUAUUAUGAAAAAAUAAUUCAUGGUUGGGGCCAGAAAAAUGGACCCAGGAGCAGCUGGCAUCUGUAGGAGAAAAGUUGCACUUUUGUUAGCUCAAACUUCGAGAAGAACUGCGGGAACCAUUCCCUCCACAGAGACACCCACUGGGCUAUGGGUGUAUACAGGAUGAUCCCAGCUGGACCCACCACCACAGGAGACCCUCCCCUAAUGGGGCUGGGAUCAACCUCUCACUGCCCCACCUGGCCUCAACACCAGUCCGAUCUCAGGCAGGAGGAGGCAGGGAGGAAGUGUGCACCAGGAGAGAAAAUCUCGGGAGGUGGAAAUGAGGUGCGGAGAUAUGAAGAGGCAUGAUCUGUUCCACAGUGAGUUGGUAGAAGAGCCAGUGAAGACCAGGUGGAUGAAAAUGAUGCCGGUGCCAAGUCCAAGUGGGUACCAUUAAGGGGCACACCAUAUUCCAGUUGCUUAAGACACAUUAUCUCUACCUUGUACAACAGUGUAAAGUUAUUGUUCAUCCCCAUUUUAAGAAAAGAGAAGGCUCAAAGAGACUAACUUGCCCCACAGCUAAAGGUUGCACAGCUAAAGUGUCUGAUGUGCAGCUGAAUUCAAACCCAGGUCCAGCUGCUCCAAGGUGCGGACUCCUUCCAGGAAGCCAUGAAGCCAUGCUCUCUCUUGUCCGUAACAGUCAGCAGCCCCUGGGCAAUGAUUUUUUUGCACAUCUGCCUGUCCAACUAGCUUGUGGAAGCUUAAGGAUCAGGCCUGUGCAUUCGAAAUCCUGGAUGCCCAGCAUGCAGCACAGCAUGAAUGUAUGUUUCUGUAUAGAUGCCGAAGAUAAUAUAUUACCUUCCGCUUUCAGCUCUCCAGUCUAUUUCUUAUUUGCUGGUGUUCUGUCAUGUGCUAUCAGUAGGUUUAUUAUGAGAGACUCUUUCAGAAGCCUGGAUGGCACCAUUUUUUUUCCCCUUUAAUUUAAGCCUUUACAGGGUCAUCAACUAUACAGCACAAAUAGAAGUUAAAAAAAAAAGUUAAAGGAUGAGUGAAAAAUGUGAUGUUCCCAGUAAAUGUUGGCCUGUCUC